AUGCACCCGGAGCGCAAGCACGACCCAUUUGUGCCCCACGUGCAGGCACAUGGCAGACGACCCGUAUCGGCAUGGGACAACGUCAAGGAUGACAUGCGUGCGUGUCUGGACGAUGGCAUCGACCGUCUCUCGCACGGGGCGCAGACGCGGAUGCGGUAUGCUCCAUCCUACUAUGCCUCCGACAUCGUCAUCAAGGGCGGGCACAAGAUCGUCGGAUGGCCGGCGGACGUACCAUUCACAGAUCUCAGCAAUGUCCGCGGCGGUGUCACAAUGCUCUAUGAGCUCCGUCGGCGGUGGUGCCUGCCCGAUGGACACCCCGAGAAGCUGCGCUUCGAGCCAGCGUCGCGCGAGGACCAGGCGAACGCCGCACGCGAUCCCGAGAGCGUCCAUCCCACGCCCCAGCACUUGCCGGAGCUCAAGGCGCAGGCGGCCGGUCGCAGGAGAGGCGCUACUACGGUCCAUGUCGACACCUACCGCCCCGACAACAUGGAGUACACUGGCCGCCAGGCGACCUCGACGGUGCCCGAGCCCAAGGAGCGUCGGCAACAGCGAUUGGAUACGAAGAAGCGGCGGGCGCGAGCGUCAGACUCAUCGACGCGAGUGCGGAAGCGGCGGCGGCGGGAGGGCAUCAAGAGCAGGGGGUACGUGCUGCCAGGGAUGAGUGGGGCAAGCAGUAGCGGCGCCGGGCGAGCAUCGGAGGAGCCGCCGGUGGACGACUACGACCUGGACGACCCAAUCACCGAGUUCGAUUUGACGACUCCCGACGGUGAGCUCUCUAGCGCGAUCGAGCCUGCAUCGGACAGCGAGAGGAAGAGGGCUUAG